AUGUCUCCUGCCAAAGCCAAGCUUGUUGCCGAGACAUUACUCUCGUCCAUCGGUCUCGAGCUAGUUUCUUGUAGGGUCCUUCAGACCCUCUGGGCAGGCUAUGGCCAUAUAUGCGCGAUCACGGCGAGAGCUUCGGCAAACCAGACCACUCGAACUUCCAACCUGAACGAGGAUGCGAACGGUAACGUUCACCUCAUCCUCAAACUCAUCUCGCCCCCCAAAAGCGACGGCGAUGAAGGCCACCUACGUAAAAUGCUCAGCUAUGAAGUUGAGCAAUAUUUCUAUCAAGAAAUCACACCGUCUUUGGACCAGGAUGUUGCCGUUGCAAGUUGCCUAGCUUCCACAAGACACUUGCAACAAGGCAACAGCCAGGAACUCCAGGGCUUGACUGCCACUAUCAUGGAGGAUCUCCGUCUAAAAUUUCCUGUUGCAGGAGAAAAGAGAGCACUUCUCAAUCAACAGCAGGUCUAUGCCGCCAUUGAGUGGCUGGCAAAGUUCCAUGCCAAUACCUGGAAACUGCUUCCAGACGAGCUCGAUCGAUAUCUCUUGCCGCCAUUGAAGGAGAUGCAAAGAAGAAGAGCUGAUCUAUCUGCAGGUGGUGAUAAACUCUGGUUGAACGGGGGCUACACCUACCUCGCAACUCGGCAGAAGGAGCUUGCCUCGUUAGUAGAAGAUACUGACUCUGAGUGGUCUGCUGCGUUUUGUGAGCCGCCGCAAGGCUCAAAUUUGUCGAUUGCUGAUCAGGUGGCUAAUUUUCUCACCCCAUGCGGCCGGCCCUAUGAAAGUUAUAUUCACGGUGAUGUAAAGUCCGAGAAUCUUUUCACUACCAGCUCAGGCGAUGAGGUAGCCUUUUUUGACUUUCAAUACGUUGGAUUGGGCUUAGGGGUUUGCGAUCUUGCCAAGUUGUUUACGUGCUCUGUACCGUUGGAGAUGCUCACCAACGACUACGACAUCCGUGAGGAGCUCCUCAUGGACGACUGUGAAAGGGCCUUGCUGAAGCGUUAUCGGGAAACCCUACUGGCCCGUCGCCCAUCAGGAAUGAAGGAAUUCGAUUAUCCCAUGAACCUACUGAUCCGCCACUGGGAGACUGCGCUUGUCGAUUGGUGUCGCUUCCAAGCAUCAUGGGGUUUCUGGGGUAAUACAGAAUGGCUCGAGGCAAGGGUUCGAUCGAUAUUGAAGGAUCAAGCUUGGCGAGAGUGGCUACGAAAUGAAAGUGGCUAG